AUGUUUCUCUACCAACUCAGAGACGCCAACGGAACGAAACAAUCGGACGGAAUCUUUAACAGCAGCAGCCUCAACGAGAAAGGCGCUAUCGACCAAGACAAGAAAGGCAGUUUGACCAAGAAUGUGGACCUAAAGACCGAGGAAGCCGACAUAACAAAACAAGCGGGCCGUGGCAUCACUGGUCCUGACAAGAAAGAUACCAUCUACCAACACGCUCUUGGACUGGUUAUUGAAGAGCGGAAAGAAGAGGCUGAUAGAGCCAUCUCUACAACCUUUUUCAACGGUCUCCUCCAAGAGGGCUUGUACCCACGUGUCUAUCCCCUACAGGACAUGUUCCUUGGACCAGCCACCCCACAUGUAGCAAAUCGAACCAAUCAUGAGCUCGUCUUUAAAGCAGAAGCUCUCAACCAGACCCAAGCUGUUUGCCUCUGGUUCAACACGAGCAGACAAGGCCAUUUUCCCCACUUGAUGCAAGAGCUGUUGAGGUGCUUUUCCUGGUGGCAGGCGAACCAACAUCAACAACCCGUGUUCGUCCGUAAUGCGGUGAAAGGGAAAAGACCCGUGGGAUACGGCGACGAUUUCCUUUACGUCUUGAAGAAAGCCUUUGGUGUGCAGGUGGUUGAUUUGCUGGACGAUUUGCCCACCAAGCAAGAUACCCGCUAUGUUUACACCAGCGUCAACGAAUACCCACAGCCACCCCAUCUUUCGCAGUUGCCAUGGUUUCAGAUGCACAAUCUACAGGAUGCGACACUGCUACGGAAGGAAACUCUCAAUCUCAUGCGAAAAGAAAACAGAGUGCUAGAAGGGAAUCAAUUAGGUGGUUGUCCCGGAGAUGGCAGUCCAUCAUCCAAGAAACAACCAAUCAUUGCAUUCUUGAACCGAAACGGACCGCGCCAUGUGGACAAUUUAGGAGAGAUUUUGGAGUCUCUAAAGAAGACCAAAGUGCUGGGUCAUCCCUUGGGUUUGAUGAACAUUCACUACUUCUCGUCGUUUGACAAACUGACUUUCUGGGAACAGGUGGAUGUCAUGUCAAAGGUGGAUAUCAUCGUUGGGCCUCAUGGCGCGCAGCAUACCAGUGUGGCAUUCUUGCCAGCCUGUGGUGGCUUGUUGGAGCUGUUUCCCAUGGGAUACCACUAUCCCAAAUAUUUUGGAACCUUGGCCAGAACAACGGGGCAUUAUCACUUUCAUUUGUACACUGGAGGCACCAACAUUGAUGCCGAACUGAACCAGCACAUGAUGACAUUGGAGGGUCGCAAAACGGCAAGGGAAUCCCACCUAGCACCCAAGGCUGGGCAGGUACUGAAAGGAGUACAUCAAUUGACAGAAAGAUGGCAGACCUGCUGCGAACGGCGACUCAAGGGAGAAACCGUGGAGGCACUGUUUUGA